AUGCGGAAGUUGUCUUUCGACUACCGCUAUCUCCUUCUAGUCGCAGUCUUGCCGUUCAUCUACUUACAGAUGCGCCUUUUUGCUACUCAAUCACAGUAUGCUGAUCGGCUUGCGGAUGCUAUCGAGGCAGAAACCCAAUGUACUAGACAGACGCGGUUAUUGAUUGAUCAGAUCAGCAUGCAACAAGGGCGGAUUCUUUCUCUUGAAGAAGAAAUGAAACGUCAGGAACAAGAAUGCAGACAGUUAAGAGCACUUGUUCAGGAUCUUCAAGGGAAAGGUCUCGCGAAAUUGAUGGGUGAUGUACAGGCUCCUGUAGCAGCAGUUGUAGUGAUGGCCUGUAACCGUGCCGAUUACCUUGACAAGACUAUCAAGUCUAUUCUAAAAUAUCAGAGUCCGGUUGCAUCAAGAUAUCCUCUUUUCAUAUCACAGGAUGGAUCAGAUCCUCAUGUUAAAAGUAAGGCGUUGAGCUAUGAUCAGCUAACGUACAUGCAGCAUCUGGAUUAUGAACCUGUGCAUACAGACAGGCCUGGGGAACUGAUUGCAUACUACAAGAUUGCACGACAUUAUAAAUGGGCACUGGAUCAAUUGUUCUACAAGCAUAAUUUCAGUCGAGUGAUCAUCCUUGAAGAUGAUAUGGAAAUUGCUCCUGAUUUCUUUGACUAUUUUGAGGCUGGAGCUAAACUCCUUGACCGUGACAAAUCCAUUAUGGCGAUAUCGUCAUGGAAUGAUAACGGGCAGAGGCAGUUCGUUCAUGAUCCUUAUGUACUUUAUCGUUCUGAUUUUUUCCCUGGUCUUGGAUGGAUGCUCUCAAGAUCUACAUGGGAUGAACUGUCGCCUAAAUGGCCAAAGGCAUAUCCUUUAAUAAUCAUAUUGAGUUUUUUUCUUAACCAAACAAUUACUUAUUGGGAUGACUGGCUAAGACUGAAAGAGAAUCGUAGAGGAAGACAGUUCAUUCGCCCUGAAGUGUGCAGAACAUAUAAUUUUGGGGAACAUGGUUCCAGUAUGGGGCAAUUCUUCAAACAAUACCUUGAACCUAUCAGACUGAAUGAUGUUCAGGUUGACUGGAAGUCUAUGGAUCUGAGCUACCUAGAGGAGGACAAGUAUGCUGAGUACUUUGCUGGAUUGCUUAAGAACUCUACCCCAGUGCAUGGGACCGAUGCUGUUCUGAAGACAAAUAACAUAGACGGUGACAUUCGUAUUUUGUACCGAGACCAGUCAGGCUUUGAGCACAUCGCUAGUCAGUUUGGUGUUUUUGAAGAGUGGAAGGAUGGUGUCCCAAGAACAGCAUAUAAAGGAGUAGUUGUUUUCCGGUAUCAGACACAAAAGCGCGUUUUCCUUGUUGGUUCAGAUUCGCUCCAGCAACUCGGGAUUAGAGAAGGCAAGUGA